GUCCUGUCACUUAGCAACACGCUAAGCUUAUCAAAUGAAAACACUGUAGGUUGAACUGGAAUUGCGUCCCAUCGAAGCAUCUUCUUUUCCGAUUGGCUGCUCUGAAAAACUGUUCAAAUCAGCGCUGAGGUGCAGUGUCUGAAAGUUUGAUAUUACGUUUUGAAAAGAUGUCGUUGAAGCAGGGGAUUGGCAGCGCCGAGUAUUUGGUGAAAAGAGUCCCAAAGAAUGUCAAGUAUCAGCACAUCAAAUCCAAACUGGACACAGGAUGCAGUUUGACAAAGUACAUGGAGAAAGUGGAGUACAUGAAGAGCAAUUACAGAUACAAAAAAGAUGAGAUAUUUAAGCGGUUAAAAGUGACAACAUUUGCACAACUGAUUCUACAAGUGGCCUCUGUUUCAGAACAUAACUUAAGUCUGAGUGAAUGUGAACUGAACACACCAGAAGAUGCCUUGUCAGUGGCGUCAGAGGAGCUGGAGUCUCUCACAGUUCGAUCUGCAGAGAGACAGGACGCAAGGGACAUCCACACAGCACGCUCCACUCUGCUCAGUGUGAUCAAUGGAACGGGGGAGCUGAGUGUGGAACAGAGUCCUGAUCCAGAAUCCAGUCUGGACUCUGACAGACCAUACCCAGACUGUCCCUAUCUGCUGCUGGACGUGAGGCACAGAGAUCAGUACGACUCCUGUCACAUCAUCAGCGCUCACAGUUUCCCUGCCACGUUUCUGCAUCGGACCAUGAACCCCUACACCAAAGAAGUGCUGGAAUAUAAAAACGCUCCUGGUAAAAUCAUUAUAGUUUACGACGAAGACGAGCAUAUCGCCAGCCAAGCCGCCACCAUCAUGUGUCAGAGGGGCUUCGAGAACCUCUUCAUGUUAUCUGGAGGUCUAAAGGUGUUGUCCCAGAAGUUCCCCGGGUCCCUGGUCUCUGGCCCUCUCCCUCCUGUCUGCGUCUCUUCUUCAGACUCUGUGAGGGGCAGGAGAGUAUCGCCCCCCUCUGGUCACACACGGGCGGAGCAGCGCUGGAGGUUCACCGCAGAUGAACUCAACCACCUCACAGUCCAGCUGGAGGAGGUGUUAUUGCCCAGCAACAACUCGAGUCGGAUGUCCAGCCGUAUCUCCUCUGUCAGUUCUCAGAGUGCUCGCAGUCGCCAGAGCUCCUCCUCCUGCAGCAGUCGACCAUGGAGAUGAACCCCCCCCUCCGUCAGUAACAUGGAACUUAGCUGUGUCCAUGUUUAAUGCUUCUGUUCACCUUGGGAUGUGUACUACGUUUACAAUGAAACAAACAAAUCCAGAUACGUUUCUGACAAAGGGACAACAGUAUAAUGUCACUUUAGCAUAAUAUGUUCUUAAUAAAAAUGUUGGCACUGAGUAACGUUAAAAAAUGUUGUUAAGCCAAUUUAAAAAAAACCAAAACAAUUCUUCACUGCGUGUUACAGUGAAAUGCCGCAAUGAAGAGCUGAGCAAACAGUAAAUCAAUGGUCCUGUUUCUGUUAUGAAGGUGUGUAAGAUCAAUAUUGUCGUUUACAAUGAACAAAAUGCUGAAUAAUGAUCUAUAUGUUAGAAAUCAACACUAAAACUAAAGUAUGUCUGCUUUAAAGGGCCUGUACCUGAUUUUUUUACCCCAUGUGUUUGAGCAAAAAGUAUCUCUAGAUUCUAUUGUUACAAAGCAGAAAGAAUGUUACACAAUUGCUUAGGAUUUCAGAUUUCACAUAAAACGGGAAUUAAACCUGAUUUCACUUUUAGCUUUUAUUUAAAUCUAAUUAUAAUGAAAAAAGUACAGAAGCAGAAAUGGUACCUCAUGAACUCUGACACGUUUUUUUGCACAUUUUGAACAAUACAGUUUCUUAUAUCACAGCCUUGUCAUUUCACAUAAAAGUUUCAAAAGGAGCUGUAAAAACUACAAAAUCAUGGUUUCUGUUGUUGCCAGAACCUGUAUUUUUGUAAUUUAUGCAGCAUGUUUCACAUUAAUCUGAUGCUUUUUUGUGUUUUGUUUUUUUUGUUUGUUUUUUUUAGACCAACUUUUUCAUGUCCGUUUCCAUUUGACUGAAACUUUUAAUCAAAAUCAGCUGUACUUCUUGGUUUUAUAUUGUGAUAUUUCCAUGGUCAGUAUUUGUUUUGAAAAAGUUUGAAGUGAUUUUAUCAGCGUGUGCUUUAUUCGACAAGUUCAAAAUAUUUUACAGUGAUUUAAUGUGAAUAAAUUAAUAGUUGUA